CGCUCGGCCUCAGGAGUCUUGUGCGCAUGCGUCCCGCCCUCUUUCCUUCUACGCGCUCUUACAAAAUGGCUGCCUGAUGCAUUUCCCGCGCUCAGCCGGUCUGUGGUUUCCGUGAUUCACCGGAAGGGAGAAAGAGAUCCGGGGAUUAGGAUUCGGGGCUUCCGGGUUCACUGUGGCCGAGGGAUUUGUUACUGUCCCGGGAAGCAGGUGAGGCCAAGAUGGCGAAGCGAAUUGCGGAUAAAGAGCUGACGGACCGGAACUGGGAUCAGGAGGAAGAAGAGGAGGAUGUGAGUGCUGCUGCCGGAAUGUUCUCUGUGGCGAGUCAGGAGGUUCUGAAGACGAGGGCGAUAAAGAAAGCGAAGCGGAGAAACGCGGGGAAUGAGAGUGAAAGUGGCGGGGCUUUUAAAGGAUUUAAAGGUUUAUUCCCGGUGACUGGCGGCUCACUUUCUUCUUUUGGAAAUGGCUCUCCCGCGAAACCAUCGGAAGGUUUGAGUAACGGAACCAGUACGUCCCUGUUCAUUAAUCUGAAGCCUCAAAGCAAGCCCACCUUCGGUUCUGCCUUUACCAACCGCCCCUUACUCGGCACCGCAGAAAAAUCGACCAAUGGUGAGAAGCCUCUGUCUAGCUGUGGCGCGGCAUUAAGCAAGCCGGGCAACCUGGAGUACAACAAGCAGCUUACGUCUCUGAACUGCUCUGUGCGCGACUGGAUUGUGAAACACGUCAAUGCCAACCCCCUGUGUGACCUCACCCCCAUAUUUAAGGACUACGAGAAACAUUUGUCUGCCAUAGAGCAGAAGUACGGCGCCAGCUCAGAAAGUGGGUCCGAAAGUGACGGAGCUGCUCAAACCAAGACCAUUCCAAACCUUUCCUCUGGGAAAACCGUUUCUAUAGCAACGUUCUCUUUCGGGAACAAAGAUAAAGCACCAGAGGCGCCAACCAAGACCCCUCCAGACAGCAAACCCCAAGCUGCACCCACAUUUAACUUUGGCCAAAAAGUUGACAGUUCCACUCUUGGUUUAAUCAGUUCUGGUGGGGCCCCCAACUUCUCCUUUUCCAUUGGGGCCCCCAGCCUCUUUGGUAAAAACAACGGCAGUACGGCGUCUUCCUCUUCUUCCCAGGAGUCCGAGCCAAGCGGAAAGACUGAAGAGAAAGGUGAAGGGGAGGAGGAAGAGGAACCCCCCAAAGAAGUUAUACAAGAAAUAAAAGAGGACGAUGCCUUCUACUCCAAAAAGUGCAAGCUCUUCUACAAAAAGGACAAUGAAUUUAAAGAGAAAGGUGUAGGCACCCUUCAUCUGAAACCCGUAGAGAACAAAAAGACUCAGCUCUUGGUGCGCGCCGAUACAAACCUGGGCAACAUCCUCCUGAAUAUCUUGGUGCAGCCGUCCAUGCCGUGCUCCAGAACCGGGAAGAACAACGUCAUGAUCGUUUGUGUUCCAAACCCGCCCGUCGAUGAGAAGAACCCGACUGUCCCCGUGACGCUGCUUGUGAGGGUCAAAUCCGCCGAGGACGCCGACCAACUGCACAAAAUCCUUCUGGAGAAAAAAGAAGUAUAAAAGUUGAAACUUUAAAUUUUUUUUUUUUUUUGCCCAAUUUGCUGCUUGUUUAGACUCGAAUAAAAGUUGCCGUCGGUUGGGAUAUUUCUGAAGAACGAUGAUUGUUUUAAUGAAUAAGAAAGCUGUAAAAAAAAAAAAAAAAAAAGUUGAAUAAAUUCUUUACGUAGAAAGUGGCGCUGUGAAAGCGCAGAAUGUCUACGGAAUUGUCUGGUUCGGGGCACUUCGUGAGAGUCGCAAGAAGAGCCUUAGUCCGACGUCGCACUGUUAUUUACAGUUUACAGCGUGUGCUGUAGAUCCGAGAUCGAAGGAGACCUAUGCUUUCCUACUGUGUUCUGCUGUGGGGAGGAGCUUCCCCUUUAAGUGCAUCUACAAAAUAUUUAUGACUUGUGAUGAAGGGUUUGGUUUUUUGGGCACAACUCUGACCUGUACCCACAGUGCAUAAUCUACCAACGAGAUGCCAAGUGUUUAUUUUUGAGUUGCCGCAUAAUAAUGUGAGAUUAUCAGUUGAUUGAUCCAAGACCCGAAAGAUGGGUGUAUCUGGGUAGGCUCUUCGGCAUCUUGAGUUGUGCCAACGUAUUUUAUUAUGGAUUUCUCUUAUGUUGAUGGUUAAUCUCAAACUGUCUCCAGUUGGUUGCUCUAGGCCCAGUUCUGGGAGUGGUAAUGAAUGUAGCUUGUAGGCCCCCCGAUGUUUGAGGUUUUUGGGGUUUUUUUUGGCUCGGAGAGUCAUGGAUUGAUGUCAAUGGAUUUGGAGAACGGGCAACGCUUCUGCUCACUGUGUGUGUUUAAAGGAGAAUGGAAAGGCAAUUUACAUUGGAGCUGCCAAAAGUUAGCCGCCUGCAAGUGAUUAGCGGACACCUGGGGCCGGUAGUCCUAUCAGCUGAAAUCUGCACCGGCCCGGAGUUCUUCCAGCGAGCACCUUCGAUUUUCAAGUUUCCUGGGGCAGACUCUUGUGCAGUCGAAAGAAAUCGACGAUUUUUUUUCGUUAAGAGUCCGGCUUAUGGGCAGCCGAGAGAAGACCAAGGAAGCAUCUCGCUCCAUGGUGUUUGCUGGAAGAACCCCAAGCUAGCGCAGUUUUCUGCUGAUCCCCGGCCUGGGGGGUGCCUAAUUUUGGCAAACUCAAAUGUAGUUUGCCUUUCGUUCUCCUUUAAAGGACCGGUGUAUCUGGAUACGAAGCUGGCGUGAAGGAUUUGGUUUGAAAGAUCUGUCCUAUAUACGAGGGAUCUGUAGAAGUAACUACUUGGUGGAGGAAUUCUGGUGGAGUUCUCCUGCUCCCCCAAUAAGGGGUCCCUGCAGCCAAUCAGAGUCCAUGACAUGGUUUACUUUAACCUGCGCUGUCCCAGUGCUGAUACAACCACUGGCACAAGUGAAUUUUCCCUUUAAUGCCUAGUUGCUUUUCCAGACAGCGGGUUACUGUACUAUGGGUUGACUUCAGCAGAAGUUGCGUCAACGUUGGGCUGGUUAGAAUGGACCCUCAAAAGUUGGUUUACUUACCCUUAAGUUUCUAAAGUGUUUACUGGUUCAUGUAAUAUUACCAGCCAUAUAGGUUUGUCCUACUCUGCUAUCCUUAGUUCUAGCAAACAAACGUAUGUGUAUUAUAAGGGAGUCCCUGGCUGGAGCCCAUGAAGGUGCCUGUAUUUAAAGUUAGCCGAGUUGGGCCGCUCUUGUCUCGAUUUACUUUAUUCUUAGUCUGUGACCAGUUAUCAGAGAGGUACUGUAACUAUUGGUUGUCUAUUCACAGGCAGCAGUGCUGUAUAUUUCCCUGUCUGUGUUUCUGCUACUAGUGACUUUCCCUAAAGAGGGGGAGCUCAUGUUUUCUAUCAAUAAACAUGCUCUCUGGUGCAA